AUUUGAAAAAAGGAAUUGUGUUACUUUGAGUUACGAAUAUGAACGGGUUGAUUCGUGUACCUAAUUCUGAAAGCCAUCAAAGUGAUUAAAAGUGCAAUGAGAACAUAACAUAAUAGAGAGCAAAUCAAUUGCAGUGGAAAGGCCACAUAACAUGAUCAUAAUUGGCUUUCGAUAUAAAUCGUUUAUCGAAAAGCUUGAGAAAGUGCCGUUAGAAUUUCUGUACUCACAAAAACCGUUUUAAAAGACGCCAUCAAAAAGGUUAGAUUAUUAACGAAGAAAAAGUUAUAGCAAGCACAUUGUGAACACCAAAACGCGCCCAUAAAAAAAUUAAUUAAAAAGUGUGAAUUACAAAAAAAAAAAUUAAAAGUUACAAACAAUUUUAAAGGAAAAGGAAGUCUCCAAAUGUUUUCUCUGGUGAAAUUUUUCAACGAGGACCUAUGGGUCGUAAAAUCAAAAUCUGUUAGGCAAAACAAUGGACAAAAUUGCACCGUUAAAUAUAAAGGCUGUUCCUACUCGGCUAUAUUAAUCCUUGCAAGUGAUGACAUGGAAUAUCUACACAAAAUAAAAGAAGGAGAAGUAAUUGCAUCUAAAGAAGUUGAACAAAUUUGUACAACAACCUAUGCAACAAGGGAUGAGUUUGUUGAAGGAGCACAAAUAAAUGAUGACAAGUCUGCUUUGAGGAAAACAAGAUGUUAUUCCCCAUCUACAAUGUCGGCCAUAAGAGAAUCCAUUGAGAAUAUGUCCCCAAACAAUUCCGUAAAAGAUUCAUCCUUUAAGGAAAUAACCGAGGAACGUUGUGUAUCUACAAGAAUAAAUAAAUUUUCUUUGGUUGCAUUUCACAACAAUGAAUUACAUAUUGUCGAUUCAAAACGCAUUAAACUACGUGAAGGAGAGAAUUGUACGGUUAAUUUUAAAGGAUGUUUCUAUGCAGCGCGAUUAAUAUUAUCAAGUGAUGAUAAAAUAUAUCUCUCGGAGAUGAAAGAUAUAUAUGCAGUUCAAAGUUCUUCAGUGAAAAAAGAUGAAAAUACAAUACACCAAGCAAGCGAUGCCUCAACAGAAAAUUCUGGUUGUCCGGUUCCAGGUUAUACCAAACCUAUGUUAUUAAAAAGCCCUUCAAGUUUGUAUAUUGAAGAACAACAAUCAGAAGAUACGGAUCAAGGCAUACUGCAUAAUAGCGCCCUUUAUGAUUCAGUGUCGUCUUCGGUUGAAAACCUUAGUAAGAGGUCAGAAAAUGUAUUUGACGAGGGACAUAAUUCGUCGUUAUCAUGGCAAUCGAAGUCGUCUCCCAGGGCAAUUUCGACUGAUAAUGUUUUCAUUGAAAUAGAAAUACAAACAAAUCAAAUGUUCGAAGAACACACUCCGUUAAUAAAACAACCAUCUGCUAGUAAACCUAAUAAACAUGACACAAAAACUACUGACGAUUCAUUCAAUGAAAGCAGUAGUUUUAAUUUGGGAAGUCAUAAAAAUUCGACAACGAUAGAAACCUACGGGGAAAACCCCAGAUUGACAAAUAUUCAAAACAACUUGCUUAGCUUGACAAACAUCAGCACAUCUCAAGCAAAUGACGAAAGUUCAUCUGGACAAGAAUAUUUGCCCGAUUCUACAAUGGAAAAUACAACCAUAAAUGCCAGUUCUUUUUUGGAAAUUUCCGACACAUUAAACAUUGCGCAAGUUUCCGUGCCACUUUCAAAUCAAAAGUCAAAAAAACACUUCUGUAUUUUUUGUAAAACUCUACAAACUAAAAUUGCAAGACAUCUCUUUUUAAAACAUAAAGGCGAAAAACUCGUUAAAAUGGCAAUGGCACUUCCAAAAAAGAGUAAAGAUCGCCUUCAAAUAAUUGACAAACUUCGAAAACAAGGCGAUUUCAUUCACAACACAUCCAGAGAUCAAAAUACAGGCACACUGAUUGUUCUCAGACGACAACAACAAAAUGCGAAACACAAUCCGGAUGACUACGUGUGUUGUCCAAUGUGCAAAGGCUUUUACCGAAAAUACACAGCAAGGGCUCAUGUCCGCAAUUGUAGUAAAAAGAAAAAUCAAAGAUCCAAUUUUAUUGAGGGCCGAAAACUGACACAGUACUUGCACCCUGUAGCAAAUCGGGAAAUGAAAAGUAGCAUAUUCCCAGUUCUACGUAACGAUGAGGUAAGCCAGGCCAUACGCUACGAUGAACUAAUCAUUAGAUAUGGGAACAGGUUAUCUGAAAAACUAUCGCAAACCCACCAUCAUGAUCAGAUAAGAUCGCAUAUGAGACUACUGGGGCGGUUUAAGAUAGAGUUAAUGAAACUGGAACCGGAGAUCACCGAGUUAAAAGAAAUGUUCAAACCGUUCUUCUUCGAUCAAGCAAUUGAAGCUUUACGAAAUACAGCCAAAUGGGACUUCACCAAGGGAUUUGCUACACCAGCUGUAGCUACAAGUUUGAUAAAAAAAUGCGCGAAAAUACAAGGAAAUGAGUUUAUAAAAAAACAACAAAAUGAUUUAAAAACUCUGCUGGACAAUUUUGUUUCUCUAUGGGUGGAUGAAACGCCUACGCAGAUUAAUAGAAAAGCGAUCGAGGACAGAGAAAACAAAAGAAGAACAAAAAAAGUUAAUUUGCCCAAUAAAAAAGAUAUAAAACUACUGUACGAUUUUCUAAGAUCAAAAAUGCUACGUUCUAUUGGAAUAUUAAAUAAAAAUUUUUGCUUUCAAGCAUGGAAAGAUCUAGUUGAGGCAACUCUAAUAUGCAUUCAAGUUUUUAAUCGCAGAAGAGCUGGAGAAAUAGAGAGACUUACAAUUGACAAUUUCAACAAUAAAGAAGAAAUAACAAAUAGCGUAGAAGCUGGUCUUCUCGAAAAAAUGUCGGAACAAUCAAUUAAAUUUGCUAAACAAUUUGUGAGAAUAUCUUUACGGGGAAAAUUAGGAAGAACGGUGGGCGUUCUACUAGAUCCCAUGUGUUUAAAGUCAAUCAACCUUAUCAUAAAAUUUCGAAAAAAAGCUGGAAUACGCGAAUCCAAUCCAUAUAUAUUCAGCGCCCCGGGAAAAUCUGGUUUAGCUAAAAUGUAUUAUAGAGCAUGUCCAUUAUUAUCAAAAUUUGCAUCGGAGUGUGGAGCUUCAUUUCCUGACGACUUAAGAGGAACGAAACUGCGAAAACAUAUAGCUACAUAUACAUCUUUAUUAAACGUUCAAGAAUCUACUGUGGAAAGACUAGCAAAUUUUCUUGGACACCACAAGGACAUUCACAAAAGCAUAUACAGAAUACCAGUCCCAAUGGCCGAAAUAACGACUGUAUCUAAAAUUUUAUUGUCCGCGGCUGGUUGCAACGUUAAUAACAAUUACAAAGAUAGCACUCAGGAUGAUAACUGUUUUUCGCCCGAAUGCCCUGAAAUGCCGGGUAACACGGAGUAUGGAGUAUUAGAUGACAAAUCAUCAAUAUCUAAUGACAAAUCCUCAACAUCUGAUGACGAAUCAUCAGCAUUUGAAGACGUUGAAGAAUUACAAGAUAUAAAUUCGUCUAAAGAAAGAAAACGAAGCACUUCUCCUUUUGGGAAAACAAGAAGAGUCAGAUGGACUAGGGAAGAACGAGAAGCUAUCGAGUCAAUUUUUGGUGAUCCUACUACUUUAGAGAAGUUACCAACUUUUAAACAAUGUGCAGAUGCAGUAAAACAUAAAUGUCUAAACCGGCGAACACCAGCUCAGAUUAAAACAUGGAUUAACAAUCAACAAAAAAAGUGGCAAGAUUCCACUUAAUUCAUUUAUUACAUGUAAGAUACAUAAACUCAGUUGUUUGUUGAGUAAAUACACUAAUAAUUUCGAUUUAGUUAUUUGCAAUUCAUUGAAAAUAAUAAUUUUUAACCAUAUGAUGAAUUUCUUUUUGAAUACUACUCUUGUACGAAAUUCGAUGAUGAAUUCUACUCUUGCCAUUAUUGAAACCUAUUAAUACUAUUAAUAAAGAAAUGGUUGUGGAUGGAAACCUUCAAUUCACUUAAUUUUUCAUCAAAAUUUAUUUUUCAUCUUAAAUAAAUAUUUUACUUUUGCAGAGCAAAUGACCAUAACAGACCUAAACAUGCUUAACUAAAACUAAAUAAAAGAUUUCAACUAAAGUUAUUUUCAAUAUU